AUGAGCGGAAAAAGCGGCUAUCUCAGCGAAAGCGGAGGGUUUGCCAAAUACAAUUGCGAGAAUUUCAACACUCCGAAGGCAUGCGCGGUCAAGACGUUUGUGAACGGAAGCGUUUGCAGCGUUUGCAUGGGCGGAGAUUUUGACUAUCCCGAGCUUACCAAGGACCAAAAGGAGGCUCGCAUUCGCGAGAAUAUGGCUAGAGCCAGACGUGGUGGCUCCCACGGUGGCUCCCGCGGUGCUUCCGGUGGCGGCCAGAACGGCUAUUAUGGCGGCGGACAGGGCGGCGGACAAGCGGACAGGCGGACAGGGCGGCUACAAUGGAGGCGGACAAUGAUCGGGCGGAUCGAACACGGCCACCAUGAAGAAGAACCAGGGCCGCAACCAGCCCUGGGAAGAGAGCACGAUACACUGCUCUGCUGCCAGUUCGACGCCUACGACAACCCGGCCAUGGACUUCGCAAAGAUGGCAGCCAAGGUGAGGCUCCCAACCCUAGACCCCCAAGACCUUGAGCUCACUGGCUAUGUGCUGGGCGCGAGCUGCCGUGAGGUCACAAUCAUUGGCUAA